AGUUUCAGAAACUUGCCUUUGCUAUUCAUUGUCAAGAAGGGUUGGAAAAAAGUCAGUGUUUUAUUUUAGUAUUUCUGCACAAAAUCAGUUAUUCUUUUUGAAAAUAAAUUAAUGUCACGUAAAAGUGUUGAAUUUCGUAGGAAAAACGAGUAAAGUUUUAUUAGUCACUUUAUAGUUCUUGAUUAUUAGUUCAGUUUUUAUUUCACGUUCCGAGAGUGACGAGUGCGACGCGUAAGACUAGACAAUUUUUGUGUUUUCUGUAUAUUUAUUAAUUCUUAAUGUGAUUAAUGUGAAAUUAAAAAAAAAGAAUUUUGCCAAAAUGUCCAAGAAGAAUAUAUAUUUUGGUUGCUUAUGUAUACUUUUGACUUUGAAUGCUGUCACCGGAAGGAUUCACAAAUUAGAAAUAAGGAACGACAAUCGACGAUUCAUUUCGUUAAGGACUUUUGGAUUCUACCUCAGAGAAGUUUUAAGUGUAUAUCUGAAGAAUUUCAAGGCCAGUCCCUUCAGUGAGAAUGAUGUGUUCGUAUUUGAACCUUGGUUCGAACGAUGAGUGAUGUAAUUAAUCCAUAUCUGAAAAGUCAUCAGGAGAAAUGUUUAUUGCAAGGAACAUCGAAUCCAAAAUCGGAAUGGGAUACAAAAAAUGACAGUGAAAUAAAAUACUUCACGAUGGAUUUCAAGAAUUACACGAUAACAAAGAUGAAUCACCUUAUUUGCCCAGAGGACGUCAAUGAUGUUCAUGUUAGAAAGUUGUUGCAGUUAGCAACUUUCAAUGAUAGUGAAUUAAUAGACGACUACAUAAUGGAGUACGUUGGUGCGAUUAAGGAUCAAUAUGAUGUUGUUAGUUUGGCAAUUUAUUAUUCUAUAAAAUUCUAUUUUCCUAUUACUCAAAUCGCAACAUUACUGAAUACAUGUUGCUCUGAUACGGGAACUUGUGUAAAUGGUUUUACACUGUUACAAACAAUGAUACUUUGUAAUAGAAGUAAGGAAGAAAUUGAAAUUGCAGUAGAAGCCGGGAUUUUCAAAACCGGAUACUCACAAAUGACGAACAAUAAAAUAAUUACCAUUGAAUGUAAACAAAUUAUUAAAUUGAAAAAUGAUUCUUCGAACAAUUUAAAAAAUUAUUUUGACAUCAUAGAAUAUCUUAUAAGUAUCGAACCAGAUCAGCCCAGUAUUGAAGAUUUUUCUUACCUUGCCUAUGUUUGUUUUACAAAUAAGGAUAUGAUUUUUGAGCAUAGAUUGUGGGAAAGAAUAACAAACUUAAGUGAAAAAUUUGAAAUUUUUCAUGUCCUUAUGCAGAGAUUGGAAAUCUACGGGGAAAAAAGACUUACUGAAGAUAAUAAAUACACCAUUUUGUCGCUCUUAAAACUAAGCUUUGAAAAAGUGGCCAUAAUUUUUCAGAAAAAAGAAUUGGAAGAUUCUGUGGAUUCAAAACUGACACACUUUGAACUGUUUGGAUCUCUAGUACUUACUCAUUUUACAAAGGCAUUUUACGAUUAGCGUCAAAAAUAAGGAAGGCUGUUGUUAAUUUAGAAGAGAAUACUGCCCUUUGUUAUUAUUCUGGUUUAGAAGUUUUGAAAUAUCUUUCAGAAAAAAAUCUAGAUGAUUUUAAUGAAGCGCUAAAAAAAAGGAUUUACUAAAGUAUUAAGCGAUCUUCCGAUUUACUUUCCCGAUGAGAUUUCCCGAUGAGAAACUAAAUUAAACGUCGAAGAGAAGAAAAUGAAAUCUAAUAGGUUGUCGAUGAAAGGCAGUGAAAAAUCUAAUCCCAUCGAUAAUAUGCGCUCGAUGAUUGGAAAACAGUAGCGUGGGCCCUCUCAUACAAUCAAUUUUUCAAGUUUUGUGCCACAAUUUUGAAGAUUUAUCCUUUUCGUCAAUUUUUAAAAUAACAAGGUAAAAUUGAGAGUAUUUUUUUUUCGUCUCGCAUGUCGUAACGGAUAACAGCAAUAACAUUCCACGGUACGAAUACCGUUCUCUUUUUAAUUUAUCUCACUUUCAGCAAGACUCUGCUGUCAGUAAAAGUUAGCUGAUCCAUUUUUGGACUCUUUCACUAACGAGAACUAUUUAUAUAAGAGACGGAGAUGCUCACGACUGAUAAAUCGGUCGCAGAAAAAUAGACAACUCAUCGCACUAUUCAUGACACAUUUCACAAACUAUUGAUCGACCGGUAUUAAUCUUCAGAAUAUACCUUAAUCCUUCAACUGCAGCUGGACUCUCGCAGUAAUAUUGAAUGCAUUUUUUUUAAUCAUUAUUCGUUGUCUUGGCUUUUUCUGAUUCAGACUUUAAUGAACUUCUCUUUUUUUCUUCUGAGUUUACGUUCAAUAUUAAAAAAAAGAAAACUUUACUUCAUAUUUGCCCUUGUCGAUUUAGACAUCGAAAAAAUAAUUGUUUUUUUUAAGUCUGUUUUAUCCACGCCUACUUAGAAAUCAUUGACGAAUUCAGGGUGAAUUAAUUAUUUGUUAACUAAUAUUUAAAAUUGUAAAUAAUUCUGUAUUAUCGACACCCGUGAAAAAUUUAUUGAAUAAUUUUCACACACAUACAUAAAUGGCUACGGUAUUCAUAAAUUUCACGCCGCUCAAUAUCUUAAAAAUUUAUUGAUACCGAUCCUGUGUUUCUUUAGAUUCGAUAGAAAAUAGAUUUAAUUAAUUUCUAAUGUUCUUGCUUGAAUUAAAAAUUAAAAUACGAUUUACAUGUACAUUUUGUUUCCAUCGACGAAUAAUUUAUAAAAAAAGAAAAGCAAUAUUAUUUUUGGUAAACGUAUAAACGUACUUUUUAUUUAUAAAAGAAUACGUUAUUUUUGUUUUCUUGUAAGAUAAAAUUUUAGCGGAUUUGUUGAUCAAGAUGAAAUAAUUCUAAUCGCUGAUAAAUAAUUGACUUAUUGUUUUAUUUAAUAACGAAUUUCAAAGCUUAUAACCAAAUAUAAAUUAUGUGUAUUUUUGAAAAAGAAAAUAAAUUUUAAUUAAUU